CAGCAGACGCCUCCCUCCUCCUCCUGUCCCUCCUCCUCCUGUUCCUCCUCCUCCUGCUCGCUAGGCCCCGCCUGUCACCAGGUUACGAGGCGGAGCUUCGCUGCUCUGCGCCGGGAGGCAGUCAGAUCUCUCCACAGCUGUGUGCUCCGCUCUUUGUCGGCUCCUCUCCUCUCCUCUCUUCUCCUGCGCGUUUUCUGUUCUAUCCGGCUUCAAGGAUACAAAGAGAAGAGAAGAAGCAUGAAAUAGAGACACAUAAAGAGCAAUGCAGAGCGGCGGAGUGGACACGAGAGGAAACCUAACCCGGACUACAGUCUAGUAGUCCAGACUAGGAUAUAUCUUUCCAGACUCUUGGAUAACGCAGCUCCGCCACCGAUGUGCGCACUGGAUUUUACCCACAGAAGAGUGUCGAGACCUGGGGGAGAGGGGCGGACUUUAACGCUCAGGACUGUCGGGGUUUAAAGGAGACAGAGAGAGAGAAGGGGGGGAUCAUGGAUAAAACUUUGCACAUUCUCCAGAAAUCCGCAGACGUGUGUGUGCCGACUGGGAUCUCCCUGGAUGUGAGUUUAAAUAUGGACGAAGGUGGGGAUUUCACGGAACAGCAGAUAGUGGGUCUCCCGGACAAAAUACCUCUGGUGAAACCCUAUUUCAAAAAGAAGCAGAGGAAAUUGGACGCCAAAUGCCUCCACCGCGCCCUGGAGGACCCCAUACUGACUACUUUGCUGAGCACGGAUGCGCUGGUGUCAGGGGAUGGGGUGUUUGUUCCCCGGAACCAGCCGGGUCGGACUCCGGGCACUUUGUGCGCAGCGGCCGUGGUGAAGCAGAACUGUAUGGGCCAGGUGGUAGCUGCUGGCGUCACCACAGCUGUGGCUGGAGUACCAGGGUUGAUGACCCGGGACGGUGAUGUGGAAAUAGCCGAUACUACUGCGGAGCUGGAGGAGACCGAGCGGCGAGGGGAGCGACCCAAGAUCACGGAUCCUACCCCCGACAGCCGCUGCUUUCAGCCGGAACCUGGCCUCAGGGCGGCCGGGAGCACAGUGACAAUAGCACCCCCAGGCAGGGAUAUACCUCCCACAGCUGCACCCCAGGCUCCCCACCAGGAGGGCAGCAUCAAAAGCAAUGACCUCUUAACCUCUGGGGCUAAAAACCUUCCAGUCAAAGACUGCUCCAACCUCCAGGACCCCCAUGCCCUCCUCCUCCUGCAGCCUGACAAAGGAGUGCUAUUUCAGGAUAAAAGCGAAGAGGCCUCCCUGGACCUGGUUUUUGAGCUGCUCACACAGCUCCAGUAUCACACGCGCCAGUCGGACUCGGUGGACAUCUGUGUGGAUUUCCUCCAAGGACAGUGUGUGUACGGCAAUGACUGUGCCCACCACCACACUGUGCUGCCCUACCACUGGCAGAUCCGCAGGAGCAGUAAUCAGACGUGGCAGAGCAUAGCAGACGACUCCCAGGAACAGCUGGAGAGGCUGUACUGCAACCCGGACAAUGAGCAAGUCAGGCUCAAGUUUCAGGGUCGUGUGUUUUCCCUCGACUUCAGUGCGAUGCGAGUGUGUGACCUGGAAUUCGACCGCGUCCGACGACUGACCUCUCCCGCCAGCCCUCUACCCGCGCUCACGACCAACCCGAACCCCAUCCCCAGCUGUCACACAGUGUGGAAGUACUACUGCAGAGACAACUUUGGCUGGAGGGAAUACUCCGAGCCGGUGGUGAAGCUCAUAGAAGAGGCGAGUUCGAGGGGUCUUAAGGAGGUGCGAUUCAUUACGCUCCAGAACCAGUAUAUCCUCAACAUCAGGGAGGGCUUCCAGCAGAACGCCGUCUUCGGGUUCAGGCGUCAGAUCAAGAAGCGGCCCAUGUUCAUGUCCUCCGUGAUGCUUACACCCCACCUACAGACUUUAUGCGGCCUCUCUUCAUCUCCCCUCGGCUGUUCCUCUUCCUCCUCCUCAUCCUCCUCGUCCAUGGAUCUCUCCGUGUCACACCCCCUCUCGCCGACCACCACCAACCCACCCAGCCUCUUUCCGGAAACGUGGUUGCCCAUGACGAUGAGCCAGGACUUCCUGCAGGUGCCGGUCUCGCGUGAAGACCGCAGCUACCGGACGGUGUACAGCCUUUUCCACAAGACGGUGUCGGAGACCAAGUUCAGGAUCCUCAAGAUCCAGCGUGUGCAGAACCCCUUCCUCUGGGAGAAGUACAAGAGGAAGAAGGAGUACAUGUCGCGGCGCAUGUCAGAGAUGGACCGGCUGCUGAGCGAGCGCCACCUCUUCCACGGCACCUCGGCCGACGUGGUGGAGGGAAUCUGCAAGCACAACUUCGACCCCCGAGUCUGCGGCAAGCACGCCACCAUGUUCGGCCAGGGCUCCUACUUCGCCCGCAAGGCCGUCUACUCCCACAACUUCUCCAAGCGCUCGCCCAAAGGAGUCCACUGCAUGUUCCUCGCUAAAGUCCUCACUGGCAGGUUUACUGUAGGAAAUCCCUCCAUGCGCCGACCUCCACCCAUCAACCUCCGUGACCCCUCCAGUGACCUUUAUGACUCCUGUGUGGACAACUGGGUGGACCCCCAGAUCUACGUCAUCUUCAACGACGACCAGAGCUACCCGUACUUUAUCAUCCACUACGAGGAGGUACCCGGCACGGUCGCCGUCUAAGCCCUGGAUCAGACCUGCAUUUGCAAAUACUUACUCAGAGUUUGUUUUAGUCUGGUAAGGAGGUGCCAGAUGGGUGGCGUUUGCCAACUUGAGAUGAAAAGGAACAGUUGAGACCAAUAACAAGCUCUAUUGGAGUCACUUUGCCAGACUAAACUUUACCCAUCUGCUGCUCUAAACUGGUUAAAACAGUCUGAGACAUGUUUGCAAAUACUAAAUGAUUCAUGUCUGCAGUCAACUGGAUCCACCCAGACUGGACUACAGUAAAUAACUGGUCUGGACCGGAUUAAACUGGACAAAACUGGACUAGCAAAGGACGACACCUGUUUUCAUCCAGUGUUCAGAGGUGGAUGGCAACUGACAACAGCUUGACUGGACUCACGUUGUUAUCUAGUAGGAACAGGAGCCUAGUGACGAUCACAACCGGAUUGUAUCUACCUUACUGAUCUGGAGCAGAUGCAGGAAAAACCAAACCUUUAUCGUUUUGACUUAGUCGUAUGACUGUACAUGAACUCCACAUCAGGACAAACGCUGAAGAAGACAGUUAGCGUCCUGCCAGUACUGUGAAUGACCGUAUUAUUCUGAGGAAGCAGCAACCAACAACCAAUCAGACGCUUCCAUAGAGAAACCAUGGCGACACUGACUCCCCCCCCAACUCCCGUCAUUCUCUUACAAAAAUCAUUGUGAGUGUUUACCCAGCCUCCGGCCCUUACGUUUUGUUUUUCAAGUCUAUGUGCUGCGUGUUUGAAUCUUUUUAAUUUAGUGCAAAUGAAUCUUGUGGCCUCUUCAAACAGACAACGGACGUGAGUUUCAGUGGGACUUUUACAAACAUGGACAUCCACAGAAAACCUCCCGGCAGAUGAUUUCACAUGAAGCCAGUGCUGUGCCCGGUUGGCGUUUUUGCCUUUUGCGCCCACCGCUUCAGUUCCUCGCGGGGGAUUGAAGAGCGUACAGUUUCCCGCUGAGACUCGGCAGCGCUGUAGCGUUUCGUCAACAAACACCCUCCCUCCCCUGAAACUCAUCUCUCUUGGACCGCUCUGUCUCUCUCUCGCUCAGAGACAGUAGACAUGUUUUAUUGAGACAAACUGUACAGACGUUCUCUUUGUUUAUAUUUGAACUGUGUGCCUUUUGUUCAUAAAAAAAUUUAUUUAUGUUAGUUUAAUGUAACAUUGAUUAAAUAAAGAAUCUAAAAGAAAGAAAA